AUGGAAAGAAGGAUUGUAAUUAUAGGGGCAGGAACCAGUGGCCUUGCUGCCUGCAAAUACCUUCUAGAGUUUGGAUUUAAUCCAACUGUGUUUGAAGUUGAUGAUGGCGUUGGAGGACUAUGGAGACACACUAUGGACUCCACCAAGCUCCAAAACAAUAAACAGAUGUACCAGUUCAUGGAUUUUCCAUGGCCUUCUUCAGUAAAAGAAGAUAAUCCAAGUCACAACCAGGUGCUAGAUUAUCUUAACUCCUAUGCUCAACAUUUUUCCCUCAUUCCUUACAUUAGAUUCAACUCCAAAGUCAUUGAUAUAGAUUAUGUUGGUGGAGAGUCCAUUGAAGAAAUGAAGUCAUGGGAAUGGUGGGGUGGUAAUGGCAGGCCCUUUUGCUCCAAGGGAACUUGGCAUAUUACUGUGCAAAAUACCAAGAAUUUAUCUGUAGAGGUUUAUAAGGCUGAGCUUGUUGUUCUUUGCAUUGGGAAAUAUAGUGGUUUUCCAAACAUUCCUAAAUUCCCAUUGGGAAAAGGCCCUGAUGUUUUUAGUGGAAAAGUUAUGCAUUCCAUGGAUUACUCCAAUCUGGACAAUGAGGCUGCUACUGAAUUGAUCAAAGGAAAACGAGUAACAAUAAUAGGCUCACAGAAAUCUGCUCUUGAUCUUGCAGCUGAAUGUGCAAAUGCAAAUGGAGUGAAGCACCCUUGCACAGUUAUCCAGAGGAAUGCACACUGGUUUCUUCCAGAUUUCAACAUUUGGGGAGUUAUUGCUGGAUUCUUAUACUUAAAUCGCUUUGCAGAGCUGCUUGUUCACAAGCCAGGAGAAUCAUUCCUUCUUGGCCUUGUGGCCACUUUACUUUCACCAUUGAACAGCAUGUUGAUACAGAGUUCCUCUGUUAACUAUCAGAGAUGGGGAAUUUCUAAAGUAGUUGAAACUACUCUAAAAUGGAAGCUGCCAUUGAAGAAGUAUGGAUUGGUACCUAAUCACAGCUUUUUUCAAGACCUCUCCUCAUGUCUGAUUGCUGUGUUUCCUGAUAACUUCUUUGACAAACUAAAAGAAGGAUCCAUCCUUAUAAAGCAAUCACAAAGUUGUAGCUUCUGCAGUGAAGGUGUAAUCAUCGAUGGAGAAGCUAAGCCCCUUAAGACAGAUAUAGUAAUUUUGGCCACUGGAUACAGAGGUGACCAAAAAAUCAAAAACAUAUUUAAAUCUCCACACUUCCAAAAUCACAUCGUUGGACCAGCAACCUCAACAGUUCCUCUCUACAGACAAAUAAUUCACCCUCGGAUCCCGCAGUUGGCAAUAAUAGGAUAUGCUGAGAGCCUAGAAAAUAUUUUUUCUUCGGAAAUGAAAUGCUUAUGGCUUGGACAUUUCUUGGAUGGAAACGUUGAACUGCCAAGUAUAAGAGAGAUGGAGAAAGAGGUGAAAUCAUGGGAAGAGAAUAUGAAGCAAUAUGGUGGACCAUAUUUUUGGAAAUCAUGCAUUGUUAAUUGUGGCAUUUGGUAUCACGACCAGUUGUGCAAAGACAUGAAGUAUAAUCCCAGGAGGAAGAAGGGUUUUUUGGCUGAGUUGUUUCAACCAUAUGGCCAUGCUGAUUAUGUGGCUCUUAGUCCAAAAUAA